CUGUCAAGUGAUAAUUCGAGCGUUAUAAAAGUAAAAACUUAAAUAAAAAGUGUAACAAAUAUGGGCAAUAGUUCAGCAAAAGUCGAGGCCAAGCCGAUCGAAGAAAAAAAGCCUCUUAAGCCGUGUUGUGCGUGUCCGGAGACGAAAAAGAUUCGGGACGAGUGUAUUAUAACAAAAGGCGAGGCUGAGUGUGGCCACCUAAUAGAAGCUCACAAGGCUUGCAUGCGUCAUUUGGGAUUUAAUAUUUAAGCUGUAAAAGAUCUGAAGAGUGUUGGGUCAAAUCGCUUUGUACAAAGCAGCCAAGAUGGUUACUUUAAGUAUUACCAUAGAAAUUGAUAAUACAAAUAUUUUUAAGUUUAAUCUUCUUACAAUAGUUCUUGUAAAUAUAUAGGUCAAUAAAUCAUUAAGUUGAAAAA